ACUGAACAGCCAUGCAGGACCCAGCACAUUUGGCCCCCCUUUAACCCCACAUCCAGGACCUGUGGCCUUUCAUAGGACACCUGAACAUGGCCUUGUUCAGCUGUUUGUGCUCAUUGUUUGGAAGGGCAAAAGUGAUGUCCUCAUCAUGGGGCUACAAGAAUGGAGGCCCACCCCGCUUCCCCAUCUCAUCGACGGCCAACAUGCUUACGCGGUGAGGCAUCUCUUGAAGGUUCGACCUCGGGGCAGGGGGUUCCAGUACCUGGUUGACUGGGAGGGUUAUGGCCAAGAAGAGAGGUGCUGGGUCCCCGCCAGAGACAUCCUGGACCCAGGCCUCAUCGCAGAUUUCCAAUACCGACACCCUGGUCAACCGGGUAUGUGCCCGGCCUGUUGCCAGUUCAUUUUGUUCAUCAAACCUACCAGCGUUUUCCCCCUUGUUCCUGUCUUGUGUAUAGUUCCUGUUUUCUAG